AAACUUUCUAAAUCAUUGUCUUGGUUAUUACGACAUGGUGCAGAGAAGGAAGGGUUUAAAUAUUUACCAGGUGGCUUCCUGUAUGUAGAUGAAGUCCUAAAGAAAGAUCAGUUUAAGAACUAUACAGAAGAUGAUAUCAAACAUGUCGUAGCAGUCAAUGAAAAAAAUAGAUUUGCUAUUAAGGAUGACAGAGAGUCAGGUAGAUUGUUAAUUAGAGCUAAUCAAGGCCAUAGUAUACAGGUAGAUGAUUUAGAACUUACACUAGUUGACAAUGCUGAUGAUUAUCCUACUGUUGUGCAUGGCACCAACUUAACAGCUUGGUCUUCAAUAAAAACUCAGGGAUUAAGUAGAAGAAAUAGAAAUCAUAUACAUUUUGCUAUUGGUGAACCUGGUGAGAAUGGUGUCAUAAGUGGUAUGAGACAAUCCAGUGAAGUUGUUAUUUAUCUAAAUCUACAAAAGGUUCUUCAAGAUAAUAUCAAAGUAUAUAAAUCAGUGAAUAAUGUUAUACUCUCUCCUGGCGAUCAACAUGGCUUUAUACCAUCAUCCUAUUUUACGCAAGUUUUAAACAGAAAAACAAGUAGGUUUCUUCUUUUAUUUUGUCAUUAUACCCAAUAG